AUGAACGCAUCUAUUGAAGAAAUGAUGGUGAGUGCCUAUCAAGCAAUUUGUUCUGGUCAAUUACCUGAAGCUGUUGAAUUGUGUUCCAAAAUGAUUUUCGUUGCUGAAGGUGGAGAAGCUAAAAAACAUUCUGAAUUAUGUUCGUAUCGUGCUGGUUGUCGACUUCUUACGAAAGAAUUCAAUCAUAAUAUAUCAAUUGAUGGCAUAACUAUAUUUGAUAAUGGUGAUAAUGGAAAAAUUUUUCAUUAA